GUUUCACCCCAGCUACAGCCAUCGGCGCGCCAGUGAAGGUGGAGCUCUUCGAUUGCACACUGUGAAGGACAAAAACCAAGGCAAAAACAUGGUGGAGGUGCCAGGUGGUGGUGCAAACUGGGCAAUCUUUCGGACGCCAGACGUGCGGCAAGAAGUGACAAAGGUGAAUCUUCCAUGUGGACGCUGGUGCAUCACGGUGUGUGCAGAAGAUGCCGAAGUGGCCCGAAAACUGCGGCCAGACCAAGGAGUCCUCAGCUGUGCAGGCGAAACUACAAUGGAAAGCCACGCAGCCUCUCGCGAGGUUUCAUGCGAUUGCUGCAGCUUUGCUGCCGGUGAUGGCGUUUUGCUGACCUGUCCUGGGAGUCACCGCAUUUGCCGAAACUGCCUCUUUGGCCGCACUGGCAGUUGGAAACACAUAUGUUAUAUACAUUGGUAUACUGUGGAUGGGAAUGUGUUUUUUUUGGUGUUUUUCUUCUUAUUAUUCUUGGCACAAUGGAGCUGUCUGGAAUUCCUCCACCGAAAGGAUAUCAAUUUUGUACGCCGAUAA